UUUCCCACACACCUGCAUGUUCCCCCAAAUACACCACAGCUCAUUGAAGAGAUGGAUCUUUGCUGGACUGAGGUCAGUCUCUGGUUGAAACUGGCACUGAAGGUAAGAGGCUGCAAAGUAGAUGCUGAUGAGUGCCGAGGUUUUUUUUAACAUAUUUCACAACACGACAGGGCGGAUCUUGCAAAACUCUCUUUUACUUACAGAGUGACAAUCCUCCACAAGAUGAGGACUGCUGUUCUGCUGUUUGUUGUGGGGUUGUGUGUGUCGAACACCACAUCUUCCCUGAAGAUCUGCGCUUUCAAUGUUCAGAGCUUUGGUGAAUCAAAGGCAAACAACAAGAAGGUUAUGGGGAUUCUUCUAAAGAUUCUUUCUCGGUGCGACUUGUGUCUUAUUCAGGAGGUCCGAGACUCUAAAGGAGCAGCAAUACAAGAUUUGGUUAAGGAUCUCAACAGCAGGUUUGACAAAUCCAACUCGUACUCCUAUGUGGAAAGUGAAAGACUGGGGAGGACGACCUACAAGGAGCAGUAUGUCUACAUCUACAGGAGCAAUGUGCUGACGGUCAAAGAGCAUUAUCAGUAUCCUAAACUAGAAGGAGAAGGAACCAAUGAAACAGAUGUUUUCUCCAGAGAGCCUUUCAUCGUCCGCUUCCACUCCCCAACGACAUUGGUGAAGGAUUUGGUCCUGAUUGGGCAGCACACCAGUCCAAGAAGCGCCAUGAAGGAGAUGAAUGAACUGUACACUGUCUUCAAAGGAAUUUACAAGAAGUGGAAGACUGAUAAUGUGAUGAUCUUGGGGGACCUCAACGCCGGCUGCAGCUACGUCACCAUCAAGGGCUGGAGAGCUGUGCGCUUGAGGAGUGACCCUAACUUUCGCUGGUUAAUUGGAGAUGAGCAAGACACUACUGUCCGUGAGAAGACGCACUGUGCCUAUGACAGGAUCAUUGUCCACGGACGUGAGAUUAUUUCCAGUAUAGUGCCAGGUUCUGCUCAACCGUUCAACUUUAAGAAGAAUUUCCAUCUGACAGAGGAGGAGGCUCUUGCGGUGAGUGAUCAUUUUCCUGUAGAAGUUGACCUGAAGCCGAACCACCGUUACCUCCUCCGCAAUGAGCUGUAGGACAACCAGCAACAA